AUGACAGCCUCCGUGCUCCUCCACCCCCGCUGGAUCGAGCCCACCGUCAUGUUUCUCUACGACAACGGCGGCGGCCUGGUGGCCGACGAGCUCAACAAGAACAUGGAAGGGGCGGCGGCGGCGGCGGCGGCGGCGGCAGCGGCGGCUGCGGCCGGGGCCGGGGGCGGGGGCUUCCCCCACCCGGCGGCUGCGGCCGCGGGGGGCAACUUCUCGGUGGCUGCGGCGGCCGCGGCGGCCGCGGCGGCCGCAGCCAACCAGUGCCGCAACCUGAUGGCGCACCCGGCGCCCCUGGCGCCCGGCGCCGCGGCCGCCUACAGCAGCGCGCCCGGGGAGGCGCCCCCGUCGGCCGCCGCCGCCGCUGCCGCCGCCGCCGCAGCUGCAGCAGCGGCGGCGGCGGCGUCGUCCUCGGGAGGACCGGGCCCCGCGGGCCCAGCGGGCGCCGAGGCCGCCAAGCAGUGCAGUCCCUGCUCGGCGGCGGCGCAGAGCUCGUCGGGGCCCGCAGCGCUGCCCUACGGCUAUUUCGGCAGCGGCUACUACCCUUGCGCCCGCAUGGGCCCGCACCCCAACGCCAUCAAGUCGUGCGCGCAGCCCGCCUCGGCCGCCGCCGCCGCCUUCGCGGACAAGUACAUGGACACCGCCGGCCCCGCGGCCGAGGAGUUCAGCUCCCGCGCUAAAGAGUUCGCCUUCUACCACCAGGGCUACGCGCCCGGGCCUUACCACCACCAUCAGCCCGUGCCUGGCUACCUGGAUAUGCCGGUGGUGCCGGGCCUCGGGGGCCCCGGAGAGUCGCGCCACGAGCCCCUGGGUCUUCCCAUGGAAAGCUACCAGCCCUGGGCGCUGCCCAACGGCUGGAACGGCCAAAUGUACUGCCCCAAAGAGCAGGCGCAGCCUCCCCACCUCUGGAAGUCCACUCUGCCCGAUGUGGUCUCUCAUCCCUCAGACGCCAGCUCCUACAGGAGGGGGAGAAAGAAGCGCGUCCCUUACACCAAGGUGCAAUUAAAAGAACUCGAACGGGAAUACGCUACAAACAAAUUCAUUACCAAGGACAAACGGAGGCGGAUAUCAGCCACCACGAAUCUCUCCGAGCGGCAGGUUACAAUCUGGUUCCAGAACAGGAGGGUCAAAGAGAAAAAAGUUAUCAACAAACUGAAGACCACUAGUUAA